ACGCUCUCCUUUCCCUUCUCAUACCGGCAAGGACAAGACUACCUCACAAGUGGCCAGUGCAACAUUAACACCUUGAAUCAUCAACAUCAGCGGCCAGGAAAUCGGAAAUAUGUCUAAAGGACCAGCAGUUGGCAUUGAUCUUGGGACCACCUACUCCUGUGUUGGUGUGUUCCAGCAUGGCAAAGUUGAAAUCAUUGCCAAUGACCAGGGCAACAGGACCACACCCAGCUAUGUGGCCUUCACAGAUAGUGAGAGGCUGAUUGGAGAUGCAGCCAAGAAUCAGGUUGCCAUGAACCCCACCAACACAGUCUUCGAUGCCAAAAGGCUGAUUGGCCGCAGGUUUGAGGACUCAGUUGUGCAGUCGGAUAUGAAGCACUGGCCAUUCACGGUCAUCAAUGACAACAGCCGCCCCAAGGUUCAAGUUGAGUAUAAGGGUGAGGACAAGUCCUUCUAUCCAGAGGAAGUUUCGUCCAUGGUGCUGACAAAGAUGAAGGAGAUUGCUGAAGCCUACCUCGGAAAAACUGUCAACAAUGCUGUAAUUACAGUACCCGCCUACUUCAAUGACUCCCAGCGCCAGGCCACUAAGGAUGCUGGCACAAUCUCUGGCCUCAAUGUUCUGCGAAUCAUCAAUGAACCAACUGCUGCUGCCAUUGCAUAUGGGUUGGACAAGAAGGUUGGGUCUGAGAGGAAUGUUCUCAUCUUUGAUCUUGGGGGUGGCACCUUCGACGUGUCCAUCUUGACCAUCGAGGAUGGCAUCUUUGAAGUCAAGUCUACUGCUGGAGAUACUCAUCUUGGUGGGGAAGAUUUCGACAACCGCAUGGUGAACCACUUCAUCGCAGAGUUCAAGCGCAAGUACAAGAAGGACAUCAGCGACAACAAGAGAGCUGUCCGUCGUCUGCGCACCGCUUGUGAGAGGGCAAAGCGCACCCUGUCUUCCAGCACCCAGGCCAGCAUUGAAAUUGACUCUCUGUAUGAGGGAGUUGACUUCUACACCUCCAUCACCAGGGCUCGCUUUGAGGAGCUCAACGCUGACCUCUUCCGUGGCACCCUGGACCCUGUGGAGAAGUCUCUCCGUGACGCCAAGAUGGAUAAAGGGCAGAUUCAUGACAUUGUGUUGGUUGGCGGCUCCACCCGUAUCCCCAAGAUCCAGAAACUGCUGCAGGAUUUCUUCAAUGGAAAGGAGCUCAACAAGAGUAUCAAUCCAGAUGAAGCUGUGGCUUAUGGAGCUGCUGUCCAGGCUGCCAUCCUGUCUGGUGACAAAUCUGAAAAUGUGCAGGACUUGCUGCUUCUGGAUGUCACUCCUCUGUCCCUGGGUAUUGAGACCGCUGGUGGUGUCAUGACAGUCUUGAUCAAACGUAACACCACCAUUCCUACCAAGCAGACUCAGACCUUCACCACCUACUCUGACAACCAGCCUGGUGUGCUCAUCCAGGUUUAUGAGGGCGAGCGCGCUAUGACAAAGGACAACAACCUGCUGGGCAAGUUUGAGCUCACCGGCAUCCCUCCUGCUCCUCGUGGUGUUCCUCAGAUUGAGGUGACCUUUGAUAUCGAUGCCAACGGCAUCAUGAACGUCUCUGCUGUCGACAAGAGCACCGGCAAGGAGAACAAGAUCACCAUCACCAAUGACAAGGGUCGUCUCAGCAAGGAGGACAUUGAGCGCAUGGUUCAGGAAGCCGAGAAGUACAAGGCAGAGGAUGACGUCCAACGCGACAAGGUGUCCGCUAAGAACGGCCUGGAGUCGUAUGCUUUCAACAUGAAGUCGACUGUGGAGGAUGAGAAGCUUGCUGGCAAGAUCAGUGAUGAUGACAAGCAGAAGAUCUUGGACAAGUGCAAUGAGGUCAUCAGCUGGCUUGACAAGAACCAGACUGCAGAGAAGGAUGAGUAUGAGCAUCAACAAAAGGAGCUGGAGAAGGUAUGCAACCCCAUCAUCACAAAGCUGUAUCAGAGUGCUGGUGGGAUGCCAGAAGGCAUGCCUGGUGGCUUCCCAGGAGCUGGUGGUGCUGCUCCCGGUGGUGGAUCCUCUGGGCCAACCAUUGAAGAGGUCGACUAAAUAUUCCAACACUUUAGCUACCUCAGAUGACCAAGAAAGUAACCCUCUUUAGGCGCAAGUUAACAAGCUUAAGAGUGUAUUGUACGGAACACAAAUGGGGUUCAGGGAUCACAUUAAUGCAUAAUUUGCCACAACUGUAUGGUAGUGUUUUGUAUACUUGAGUCUCUGCCUUGUCAAUAAAAAUAACUUGUAACCCA